AUGUGCUGGCCACUGUCAUCCUGUGCCCACUCCCGUGUCCUGUGUGCCAUGCCAUCACCUCUCCCCAUACCCCCCCGCCUCCUCGCCAGCUACCUGGUGAAGCUUCGGCCGGACGUGCCAGCGAGCCGCGUGGACGAGAUAUGCGACCUGGCGGAGAGCAGCAACAGCACGCUCUAUACAGGCACAUGCCUCAAACGUUUCAAGGCGCUGUUCAACGGAAUGCUGAUGAGCAUAUCAGGCCAGUCGCUGCUGGCUCUGUUGGACGCCGAGUCCGCCCUCGUGCAGUUCGUUGAGGUCGAGGGCCACGCCCUCAUCGCCUCCACCCCUGCUCUCCCCGCUGCUGCUCGUGUUGCCGCCGCCACCGCUGCUGCUGCUGCUGCUGCCGCUGCAACCACUGCUGCUGCUGCUGCUGCUGCUGCUGAUGGUGGUGAUACUGGAGAUGCGUCUGGUGGUGAUUUUGAUGCUUCAUCUUCGAACAUUUCCGCUGUUCUGGCGUCUGCAUCUCUGGUCACGCGCAUGCAGCGCAAGCCACUCUCAUGGGGUCUGGACCGCAUAGACCAGCGCCCAGGCAUGCCUCCCCUGGAUGGCGCCUACUCCUACCCUGCUUCUGCUGGCGCAGGCGUGCACGUCUAUGUCGUGGACACGGGCGUGCGGUGCUCCCACAGCGACUUUUACUUCUCCGACGGCCGACUCAACCCCGCCACACGCCGCCCCGCCUCACGCUGCUUGCCGGGAGUGGACACGGUGGGGAAUGGGCGCGGGCAGGGCAUGGCGGACUGCAACGGCCACGGCACGCACUGCGCUGGCACUGUAGCAGGCUUAAUAAGCGGCGUGGCAAAGAGCGCGUUCAUCCACCCGGUGCGCACCAUGGACUGUGCGGGCAACGGGGCGUUUGGGGACAUCCUGGAGGGGCUGGACUGGAUCGCCCGCCACUACCAGGCGCCCGCUGUGGUCUCCAUGAGCAUCACCAUGGCCACCAGUGCUAGCCUUGACGCGGCACUGAAAGAGCUGGUGGAGAAGACUGGCAUCACUGUGGUGGCAGCGGCAGGAAACUUCUUCUCGCUUGCGUGCAACUACUCACCAGCAGACAGUGAUGACGUCAUUGCAGUGGCAUCCAGCACCAGCUCUGAUACCAUGAGCUGGUUCUCCAACUACGGCUCCUGCACCGACAUCUUUGCUCCGGGCGAUGAGAUUGUGAGUGCGGGGUCGGCAUCAGACACUGCUAUGGCAACCAUGUCAGGGACUUCCAUGGCAUGCCCACACGUGUCAGGAGCAGCGGCGCUGUACCUGUCGAUGCAGCCAGCAGCGCGCCCCAGGGACGUGCGCAAGGCGCUGUACGACACGGCAUUCCAGAAGGCGGUGCAGGCAGUGAAGCCCAGCACGGUGCCGCGCCUGCUGUCUGUCAACUUCCGCCCCCUGCUCGUGGACGUGGCCCCCCGCUCCUUCCUCUCCAUGCCUGAGGGGGCAAGUGCACGCAUCAAAGUGCUGCUGCUCAAGGCGCCUGCUGCUGACGUGGUGUUUACUGCUACCGCUGUUGAUCCCAGUGUUGCGUCCUUCUCGCCCUCGUGCCUCACCUUCCCUGCACGCCGCACGCCAGCACCACAGUACAUCACCAUCCAGCUCUCCUACUCGCCCAAGUACCUGGACCGAGCCACGCUGCUGGCCUUCACCUUCGCCAGCAAGGACUCCGCUUUUGGGGCAUCCCUGGAGGGAUAUGCUGUGGCACUCGACAAAGAUGUGUGCAAGGCGCCGUGUGGGCAGAGCAUCGAGAAGCCUAAAGUGGUGCCAUCGCUGCCCUUCUACUACGAGGAUGACAGCACGCACUACCGCGACCUGUACAACGCCAAGCUCGACAAGUGCCACGACACGGGGCCCGAUGUUGUCUUCCAGUACACGCCGCCCCAGAACAUGGUGGUGUCAGUGGACCUCUGCAGUCUCACUGAGUUUGACUCAGUCCUGAGUGCCUACGAGCGCACCAAGCCAGCAGCUAAGCCGGUAUCCAUCGCAUGCAAUGACGACUCCUGUGGCACCAAGUCCAAGCUCUCAGGCCUCAUCCUCGCUAAGGGCACCACCUACUUCUUUAUGGUGGACGGGUGGGGCGGCACAGGGGGCAAGUUCGCAAUCAACAUGGCUGUCACCAAGGUGCUCAAAGCACUCGACGCCAAGGCACCCCGUAACAAGCCAUUCCAGCCCAUCCGCUCCAAGGCAGUGGGCGCAAGUGCGCUCGCCUCUCUGCGGUCCGUGCCUGUGCAGCCACCUCAUCAGCCGCUCCACCCUCUCCUCCCGCUGCCCACCAACCCCACCUCCUCCCACCCUACUUCUUCCGAGUCUAGGGCUCCCACUUUCUCCUUCGCUUCGCCGCACCAUCUCACACACCCGCCCCGAUUCAUCUACAUGAAUGGCAGCACCCCGCUGCCGCUUCUCCCCGCCAGUGGUGCUGGUAUGGUGGUGCCAGAGGAGGGUGUUGGUGCAGCAGCUCACCAUGUGCUGACAGGGCCCUGGGGAGAGUGCUCCGUGUCGUGUGGUGUGGGGCAGCAGCAGAGAAUGGCGUGGUGCGUGGACGCCCAGGGAAUGACGGCCCAAUCACCUCUCGCCAGCUGUCCGCUGCUCCCGGCUGUGCCCACCACCCAGCCAUGCCAGCUGGCACCCUGCACACGUGGUUACUGGGAUGUCACGCAGUGGCAGGGCUGCAACGUGCCGUGUGGAGGGGGAGUGAACGUGCGGUCAGUGGUGUGUCGAGACGCCGUGCAGGGCAACAUGCUGGAUGGCUCCCGCUGCCCCUCCGCUCCCCCUCCCACCAACCAGUCCUCCAUGCUCCAUCUACACCUGGAGGCCAAGCGGCUGGUCUCCCUGCCAGUACUCCCUGACCCUGUUGUCGGAUGCACCUUCUGGGAUGGCACACAACAGCAACGGAAGCAGCAGCAGCAGCGGCAGCAGCAGCAGCAGCAGCAGCAGCAGCAGCAGCAGCAAGAGCAGCAGCAAAAGCACUAG